GGCCUGGGCGCGAGGCGAGUCGAAAAGGAGGCGGGGGACUGUCUCGCGCUAACAAGCAGCUAUCGCAGCCAAUCAGCUUUUCAGAUCCGUGCUACGCCCGCCCCUAGCGGAGCCUGGUCUCCUCUUGUAGCCCCUACUCUGUGUUUAGUUCCUGGACUCCAGGACUCAGGAUUCAGUUAGGCUACCGGCCUCCCAUCAAUUAGUUCUCCGAAGGCAGCGGCGGGAGAGAGUCGUUCGCCUUACUAGGUACCUGCGGCGAAAGAGUGUUUGUGGCGGUUGACCCUAUGAGGGCCGUCCAAGAUGGCAGCACAUGAGCAGGAAAUGUAGCUCUAAAGAGCCUCCAAGGUGGUCUUAGAGAUCAGGUUCCUGUCUUGUCUACAGCGUUGAUGCUGGCCAAGGAGGAGGAAUGAAAGGAGUAUCUUUUUUAAAUCGGUGGUGCACCUUGAGUGGUUUUGAGAUUUUGUGGAUAACUGGUUGCUUUUUUUUGUUUUUACUUUAUUUUACUUUUAUUUAUUUAUUUGUUCAUUUUUGCGGAGCUGAGAAUUGAAUGAAGGACUUAUUCGCAGAUCAUUUUUUUUCUAAGACAAGGUCUCUUUGGCCUUGAACUUGUGACCUUCCUGCCGUUAGAGUACCCAAAAUAAUAGACAAGGACCUUUGUUUUUAAAUCUCAGUUUUUCUUUCCCUCUGAGUACUGGUGAACACUGGAUGAUGGACCACUAUUUUCACUCGUCCACCGUUUUAAAGGACACACACUGAUAAUAAACUGGAGCGUCAGAAGCACUUGUAUUCUCCCUCUUGGACUCUUCAACUGCAGUUUCUGGUUCAGAGCUGAGGAAGCAUGAGUCACUUGCAGAACUUACUGUUAGAUACCCUACUGGGGACGAAACACGUGGACAGCGCAGCCCUCAUCAAACUCCAGGAAAAGACCCUGUGUGUGACAUCACCAGGAUUUAGUGUAAUGCCAAGUGAUGUUCGAACACUUCUGAAUGGAUUUGCCAAAAACCCAUUAUUAACCCGAAGGGAAGGGUUGUAUUUCAAGGAAAAGGAUUACAAAUGUGUCCGGGCCGAUGACCAUUCUCUCUAUGCUAAGAAUGAGAACACUGGUGUGGUGGUGGUGAAGACCAACAUGUAUCUUGUGGUGGCAACUUACACUGCAGGCAUGUAUCCUAGCGUCUGCGUGGAAGCCACAGAGAAGCUGGGAGAGUAUCUAAGGAAAAGGGGAAACUAAGACCGCAGAUAACUAGUGAAGACUACUUGGUUGUUUUAGAAGAAAAGUAUAGAUCCUUAAGAAAAAAUAUUCUGUGGUUGAAAACACUGCAUGGAAGAUUAAAACAAAGACUGAGCUAAGGGAACAAGUUUUCUUAUUUCGGAAGUGCAUCCUCUCUGACUGGAAGGACCUGACCAGCUUGUCCCUUUUCUUUAAGCAUUGGUCACAGACAUGACACCUGAGUGCAUUUAUGGUUUUUCACAGGGCAAGUCUACUGGGAGUCUUAUCUCUGAGUCCCCACACAUCUUGCCAGAUAUGCCAAGAAUAUAGGCCCUAGCCACUCAUAUGUGUGAACCCCAUGCACAUUGAAGUCAGAGGGCAGCCAUGGGAGUCACCUCUCCUCUGGGUGAUGGGAGUGGAAUGCAGGCCAUAAGGCUUGGUGGCAAGUAAACCCAUGAGUCAUCUCACUGCUUCCGGGAACCACUCUGUAGCUAGGGCCAUACCAGUCUCAUGCCUCCUUAAAGGCCUAACGUAAGUAACACUUGGAGGGAAAACUUGCUAAGUGCUUUCUGUCAAAGAUGUAGAGUUCCUGAUUCAGUGCCCCUUUAUUAAAAUAUAGGCCACAGUGCA